UUUCGAACAUGGACUUGAUGCCAUGCGAAACCCCAUCUUCACUGCAGCUGGAUGUCGAGAUUCUGCGACAGGAGCGUAUGUUCAAGGACUUGCAUUGCUCGGCAGUUCGUCUCUCAGGCCUCGACUUGUAAUAGUGUUAGCUUACUUCUACUUUUAUUUGCCACCAAACCAAAGUGCUGACCCUGGAAGCAAAGCGUGAAGAGCUGUUGAAGCAGAUCGAAGAGGAGGAACAGGGAGUUAUUGAUGACAAAGCCUUGAUGUCCCCUCCAUCAAUUGUCAAUGACGACAAGGGCCAGAAAAAGAUGCAAGAAAUUAUCAUGGCGUAUCGACUGACUGGAAUUACGAUAUUCAAUGCGAACGAGAUCGAGGACGAUAUGUGGUCAAAAUAUCGCAUGGAUGACUUUCCCGCUGCGCCCAAGGAAAUUGGGAUUCGUUUCGAGACAUUCGCCAACGCAAGUUACCACGAGCCAUAUUAUGUGAUGAUUAGGAACAAGGAGAUAUCUAGACGCGUCGACAAGCAAGAGGGCCGGAACAAUCAAAAAAGCAGGAUCACUCUUCAGGUCUUCAACCAUACCGUUCCUCACUGGGUUCCAUUACGGGAGAUUGAGAGGAAGUACCUUAACCGCGACAUAACUAUGUUUAUUCGGAUAAUAUCUGAACAUCUGCAAGAGAUCGUUGGCGAAAGAGAAAGUAGUGUUCCAUAAGAAAGCCAAAGGAUAUCGAUUGCAAUUGUCAUUGACUGACCAGCCAUCCAGGCCGUCAGUUGGUCCGUCUCUGUUGAUGCUAUGAAUCUUGUGGAAAAAUAUCCACCGGUCUGGCCAUUUGAAGGAAGGUCUCGUCCGCCGGGUUUACAGCACCAUAAGUGUCGAAUA